AUGGUGGACGUAGUUAACAAAAAGUGCGUGGGUGGUUGUUUAAAGCAGCCCAACUACAACUAUCCGACCGAAAAAAGGGCUUUAUGUUGCAACGAUUGCAAGUUACCAGGAAUGGUAGAUGUUGUUAAUAAACGGUGCGCUGGUGGUUGUGGAAGAUUCUCGGUUUAUAACACUCCAGGAGAGAAGAAACCCCUAUAUUGUAAGCAAUGUAAAACUUUUGAUAUGAUCGAUGUUAAGAAUAAGAGGUGCCUAGGUGGCUGUGGCAAACACCCAUCCUGUAAUUAUCCAGCUGGCGAGACCACCUUUCCUGUUUUGAAACUUCUCCUAAGUCGCUUGGCUCCCCCCCUCCAACACGAAGCAAAAACAGUCACUGUUGUAAUAAUCUCCAGGCCUUCGAGGACUUUAACAGACUCCAAUGAAUACUGCCCCAUUAGCCUACUUCAGCAGUACAUAAAAACCGUGAAGGCUGUUUUACUACGCCACUAG